AUGAUGCCAACAUUGACCCCACACACACCAGUACCACUGCCAUCAUAUUCCAAGGCCAGGGAGAACCUGGUGAAGGCUAUCCCACCAAAGCUCCUCUGUCUGCUGGCCUGUGGAGGACUAGACUGUCGCUAUGAAGGACCAGAGUGCUGGAAAUCAAAUCAACAAGUCAUCCGAGGUGUUUUCUCUUCAUGGGUGACAGAUGACAUCAUUGCCAUGGCUCGACCAGCCUAUCGUCUUAUUGAGAAGUACAACAUAAUAGAACAAUUUCAGAGGUUGAACAUCAGGUCCAUCAUUAACAUGCAGCUCCCAGGAGAGCAUGCUCACUGUGGACCACCCCUAGACCCUCAAAGUGGUUUCACAUAUUCUCCACAGAUCUUCAUGGACAAUGACAUUUACUUUUACAACUUUGGGAUGCCAGAUUUUGGUGUGUCCUCUCUUGUUGGUAUAAUUGAUGCGGUGAAGGUUUUGGCCUUUGCAGUGAGGGAGGGGAGAGUGGCUGUGCACUGCCAUGCAGGUCUGGGCAGAACAGGCGUCCUGAUAGCCUGUUAUUUGAUCUACACGCUGCGCAUCAGCCCGAGUGAGGCUGUCCAUUACGUGCGGAUCAGACGACCACGCUCUAUCCAGACUCGGUCACAGAUUAGCCAGGUGUUUGACUUUGCUCGCCUGAUUGGCUCACAGCUGGUCCAAUACCCAGACCUCAACCUGAAGCAUGGGGCUCCUUUCACUCUGCAGCACUAUCUAAACCGACAGGCACUGGUGCUGCAUGGCCAGGAGGCACGGAACCUCAGGCACACACCAAAGGUGGUGUACCUCCUGUGUGUGCGUCUCUCCUGCCUGGCCCUGGGUCUGCCUGCUCCUCCAGAGUUCUAUGCUGAACUGGAAAAGAGGUCAGCACUGAGAUCCCUGGGCAGGAUUGUGAGGGAGACCCUGGCAGCCAAACAAUACUUGCCCUUACUGAGGGACAGUCAUAAGAGCUCUUGGGUGGACACUUAUCGAGUUUCCUCCUGGGAUGAGCAUUUGGAGUUUUUAGAGAGGAGGAGAGACAAGGUGUUGGACCAACGCAGCUACAGUGACUCUGAUCUCAGCAAGAUGACAGUAAACAAGCAUCUGGAGAUGAGUCCAUUCUUCAGCCCAGCACUUGAAAAUGAGAAACAACGGUGUCUACAAGAUCUUAUACCACCUGAUCUGAGACCAGCUUGUAAUAUCCUAUCACCUGGACACCUGACCAUCAAAAAAGAAUCUCAUAAACUCAACAUCCCAUUAUCAAGCAUGAAAUCCAGCAGCACCUGCAAAAGAUCCACUUGUUUGGCUAAUCAGCCGUUUACAAAAUCCAGGUCCAGCACUGAGUUGUGCAGAAACUCAUAUAACCCAGGCCCAACCUCUGUUGCCCGUGCUGUUGCUAAGGCGAUGGCAGACCAAGCUCCUCCAGGAGAAACUACCCUGCAACGAUCGGCUCUGCUGCAGGAGGAGUUGAACAGCAGUGACAGUAGCUGGGCUUUGCUGGUCACAGAGUCGGAUCCUCAUGUCCUCAGUUGUCUGUUGUGGACUUGGUUAGACAGGUUAAGGGACCCAGUUCUGAGUGCAGAGGAUGUAGACAGGUUGAGUACCCAAGCAAACAGGAAGCCCCUCAGAGUGCUCAAGAAGGCACAGAGACACACCAUCUACUGUCUGCUGAGCUGUGUGAGCACAGUCAGCAGUCUGUGUCCACACCGAGAGGAGGCACUGCUCUCAAGACUGAUGAGGACUCUAACAAGGCGCCCCCAAGAGGACCUGGAAAGUCUUACAACUUUGAUGAGGGUCUUGAAGGCGAGUUUGAGAGAAAACUACAACACCUAGCAGGACAUGCAGCACUAAAAGCAAGCAAACAGA